AUGACAGGUCUGUCCUCAAUGCAGACUGUGCUUUGCGCACUCAUUUGGCUUGGCGCCAACCUCGUUGAGGCGAAUAAUGCUCUCAUCAAAACUGUCCAGAUUGCCAUCACCACCUGGGGUUCUGACUUCUACUUCGCCAUCAUGUCCGUCAUGGGCUUUGUCUCUCUUACCAUCCUUGGUCUGUCGGCCCUCAAACCUCGCACCGACCGUGUCUUCUUCUACCUCUCCGCCGGCCUGUGCAUGGUAGCCUGCAUCGCCUACUUCGCCAUGGGCAGUAACCUUGGCUGGACCCCUAUUGACGUUGAGUUCCUAAAUAACGAUGGGGGAAUGGGGAGGAACAGAGAAAUUCUCUAUGCACGGUACAUUGACUGGUUCGUGACGACGCCAAUGCUCCUUUUGGAUCUCUGUCUCACGGCAGGAUUGCCUUGGCCGACGAUUCUCUGGACUAUCGCUAUGGACGAGGCGAUGAUCGUUACGGGACUGAUUGGAGCGUUGGUCAAAUCGCGUUAUAAGUGGGGAUUUUAUGCGUUCGGUUGUUUCGCUAUGUUCGGUGUCUUCUACGAACUCGCCAUCGUCGGUCGAGCUAGCGCCGCCAGGCUAGGUCGAGACGUGCAUCGUGUCUUCAUGCUCUGUGGUGUUUUGACACUAUUCAUUUGGCUCCUCUAUCCCAUCGCUUGGGGCUUAUGCGAGGGCGGAAAUGUGAUCACUCCUAACGAUGAGGCUGUCUUUUACGGCUGCUUGGACUUUAUGGCCAAGCCGGUGUUUUCUCUCGCGUUGAUCUGGGGACACUGGAGUAUCGAUCCCCAGCGUCUUGGACUGAGGAUUCGGGAUCCUUUACAGGAUGGUCCUCCUCCCGUCAGUGAGAAGGGGACUUCUGAGCAGACGCAAAACAACUAUGCCGGUGGUGUUAAUGAAGGUGUUCGGAAUGCUGCUUAA